AUGUCAGCAACCCUUCCCAAAAGCAUCUGCAGUGUAGGCGGAGACGUCUUGUUUAAGAGAAAUCCCAGCAGCGUGUGCUUCUUUUAAAACUGGGAAUCAAGCAACACUUCCACAGAGCACAGCUUGCAGCCUACACAGCUUGACCAGCCGAUGACCAGCAGUUAUAAAGAUUUCCUCAUUCUUUGACUUUCAUUUGGAAAUUAAAGAAGAAGAAGUUUGUCCAGUUUGUUCUCACGGCCUAACACUCCUCUGGGACUGGCAUGUCUCAAGUAAUCCCUAACCACGUUCUGCGGGUGGGACAGACGAUCUGCCUCUCAUCCAAAGAGGAAAUGGUGCAGCUGGGUCGAGGUCGGAACCACCCAGGCUGCCUUCCUGUGCCACCCACUGGUUGUCACUAUGGAGGUGGCAGUGGUGAUCACUGGCUUCGUGACUGCUCCAUAAUUCAUUCAUCUGACAAGAAAGUCUUCCGCUAUGACGUACAGGGGAAGGGAAGCGUAAGCCACAUGAGCGGCCACUCCGGACCCUCUUACACAGGGACUCCUCCGGGAGAGUCUCCAACCUUGGACAUCUCCAUCGAUAAUCUCAACCAGCUAAUCCUGGACCUGGAUCCGUCUUUUCAACCUCUCGGCGUCUGUAAGGGUGGGAAGACAACACGCGGGCAAAAUGACGAGGCGUCAGUAAGGACAGCAGAAGCACGAGAUGCAGAAGUCAAGCUGAUCUCCAGGGGGACCUCCUCGCAGGACACCUUGAGCACCAAAUCCAGAUCGGCGGGGCUCCCCAUCCCACAGAGAUCUCCCAAAGAGAGGAGCUGCUCCACCAGUGGCUCCCUCAUCUUCUCCAGUUCCCCCUCCGGACCGAGUGCUUCACCGUCCCCCCACUGCUUUCGUCAGGCGGGUCCUUGUAAGAGCAAAGAGUGUGGCUUUGGUGACCCCCCUUUGUCCCCGAUGAACCUCAAAGGCUACAGACAACGGGUUAGCGAAAUAUCCCUGCUGUCGACCUCUCCAGGCUCUGACACAAGCUACAUUCUGGGAAGCUCCCACUCUCUUCUGAGUGAAGACAUGGAUGGUCUAGAGAGAAGGCUGGGCGCUGCCUCCGGGAGUCUCUAUGGGUCCACAGGAUCCUUCGCUAAUCUCAAUAGCCCAUAUCUCCGAUCCCCUGGACCUCAAAAGACCUUCAGUGAUCAGGGCCUGGAGUCCUUCGCUAGCCGUCCACAGCAGCCCUCCACAAGUAGCUUCUACCAUGGGCGUCACUCAUUCUCACCACCUCACCUAAAGGGUCAUUCCAGCAGCUGCCCACCCUCUGUCACCAGCUCCCUGUUGGACAUUCCAGUGGUGCUGGUCAACGGCAGUCCAGAGAAUGACGACUUGUCCUGUGGGAGACCAGAAGAGGGGCGUGCGACCAAAAAAGCAGGUGUGAAGUCACCUUGCAAAGCCACCAGCACGAGUACACUCCACGGUACGUCUCCAGAUGGACAACCCACCAUGAAGUUUGUGAUGGACACGUCCAAGUAUUGGUUCAAACCGCAGAUCACAAGGGAGCAGGCUGACACUCUCCUAAAGGACAAGGCGCCAGGCUCUUUCAUUGUGAGGGACAGCACGUCAUUUCGUGGUUCUUUUGGGCUGGUGAUGAAAGUCCAUGAUGACUCUCCCGGUGGGGAGCCCCUAAAACACUACCUUAUCGAGUCAUCAGCCAGAGGUGUGCGCAUUAAGGGAGCUUCAGAGGAGCCAUUCUUUGGUAGCCUGUCUGCUUUGGUCUACCAACACGCUAUCACCACCUUGGCAUUGCCCUGUAAGCUGCUCAUCCCCACAUCAGAUUUUGUCAUUAAUGACGAACAAAGUCAGUCCAGCUCAGGAGACCAGGAGAAAAAAUCAGCCACCUGUAACCUGCUGUACCUGAACUCGGUGAACACAGAGGCUCUCACGGGACCGGUAGCUGUUCAAAAGGCAGUCUCCUGCACCUUCAAGAGUGAUCCCCUCCCCACGCCCACCAUCGUCAACUUCAAAGUGUCCCAAAAUGGCAUCACACUCACUGACGUCCAGAGAAGGCAGUUCUUCCGAAAACAUUUCCACGUGUCCACACUCAGCUUCUGCGGGCCAGAUCCAGAGGACCGAAAGUGGCAGAAGAACUGCAAGUCUGCCAGGAUCUUUGGCUUUGUCGGGAAGUCCCAGGACAACAACUCUGAAAACGUGUGCCACCUCUUUGCGGAGUACGACAGCCUUCAGCCGGCCACUGUGGCCAUCGACCUGGUGAUAGGACUGCUGGCCAAAGCUGACUGAGCCGCUGAAGGCCGCAGCUCCACCUGGAAGUGGAACUCCUCGCCAUGUCUGGCACUUUGUGUGUCCUCCUCAUGUACAGUAUGUACGUCUGCCUCAUCCGGGGGGAGUAGAGACUGCUGAGGGUGCGUCAUUUCAUUGACAAGGAAGAGUGGACUGGGGGCUGUCCACACAUACAUGUAUGCACCACUGUAUAUGGAGAAGGUACCUGGACUCUGCACCACUCUCACUGGAUGGGCUUGACCCUAAAUGUCACUGGGCUGCAUGUCCUGCUCAGUCCUCCAUGGCUUAUCUGGUGAACUCUCAUCUUUGUCGCCUGAACCGGGUGCAGCUAUGGGCAUGUGGGCGCUCCUUUCUACCGGGAAAUAUCCUGCAAAAUUGUCAGUCUAAUAUGUUUUGUAAUUUGUAUUUUAUUUAUCAUAUUGUGUUAAUUUAUUUUAAACAGUGUAUUCUGUUGGCUUAAAAGUAAAUAAAGAUUGUCAUUUGCAUAAUAAA